AUGAGUACGAGUAUUCGGGUACAGGAGAAGGCAGUUUCCACGGACCCGGAGCAAUUGUGCGACCUAGACCACGAAGACUACCGGGUGCAUCACAUCCUGGCGGCACUAGUCAACCGUAAAGUCAUAUCCAUCAAAGCGGAUAUUUGUGAGGCCAAACUCAAAUGGAGGAUACAGCCAAAGUUAUUAGUACAAAGAUUGGCAGAGAAAAACUCAAAAAACAAACGCAAACUAGGACGCCGAAAGGGUCGCUGCAUGCAUUCAUGUCAAAAACACCAUCACCACAACCAUCACCACCAUCAUCAGCAUCGACAUGAUCUAGAUCAUCAAUUGUUUCAUCAUCAUCACCACCAUUGUGAUGGGAUCGUUCGACAAGAAGAACCUGUCCAAGUUGAAGAAUGGCCUCAGACUCAAAAACCUGCAGUACCCUAUUUAGGGGGUCACAUCCUUACCGCCGCACUGCAAAGAUCUACUGCUGGCAUGUCAGAAGAAAAUCGGCAUUAUAUAGAGACUCAAAACCCAAAGACUCGGUUAAAAAAAAAAAUCCGAAGAACAAGAUUCGGAGAAGAUAAACAUAAUGUAAUGAGACCUCAUCCCGUACCCACUAUACAUCCAGACGACUUACCUCAAAGAGCGAGAUGGACAAUUAUCAUCACCGCCGGACUGUUGCUCAUCACUUGCAUGCUGUUGGUGGGCGUAACGUUAAGGAUGGCACCCGUAAUUGAUGAACUAGUUCGAAAUAAAAACGAAGAGUUAAUGAAUUCACUAGACCGGGAAGAAUUUGGACCAAUGGACAAUAACACUGAAUACAUGUAUAGGUAA